AGUCAAGCACCAUGUGGACCUUCGCUGCAGUCUUCGUCCUUCUGACAGCUGGACACAGAGCAGAGGCGUACGUGAGCCAUUUGAGAGGCAUUUUGCAUUACGUCUCUCCAGAUAAGCACGUCGUGUCUCACAUUAAGAGCUCCUACAGUCCUGAUGAGAAAGAUCGUCAGUGGGAGAUUGAAUCCAGGGAGUUUGGCGUUUCCUCGAACUGCUCCUGGUCCGGUAUUCAGAACUCGCACGACGGAGAACUCGACUUCAGCUGCGCGACCGACAGCGUGCUCACGGGCCUGCACAGCUUCUUCAGGGAGGGAUCCGAGGACAGACGUUGGAGUUUCCGCUGCUGCUCUUUUAAAAACUUGAUCACAUUUGAAUGUCGGGAAUCCUCGAUGGUCAACUACUGGAGGGAAGAUUUCGACUGGCAGCUGCCUGGAGGAAACCUGCUAACGGGCGUCAAGAGCCAACACAGGAAUGAGGACGG